AUGGCUGGCCCCUGUGCAAGCACCCAGCUGGGUCGUGCAGCUAAGGGCAGUAGUGGCCAUUGGCCAUCGGUCAUCAGCCAUCACCAGGCAGCUCAGAGCAGGAAGAGGCAGCUCCCCCGCCCCGGGCUCAGGGACACUUGCACUGCAUGCCUGGCACUACCAGCUCCAGCUCCAGCCCCUCGAAAGCACAGCGUGCAAGCCAGCAGCAAGCUCAACUCUGCUGCCUCCUGCCCUAAGCUGGGCCUCACCUAUGUGCAGAGCAGUGACCAAUACAGGAGGAGGACCUUUGUUAGUGUGAAUGAAGAGACGGCGGUGGACAAUUUCGUUCCCGAGACCCUGUACUUCCUCAAUGACCAGUACAACCGAGACAGCAAGGAUGCAUACAGCUUCCGGAUCAUCCGGGUGCUGCAGGUGCAGAGCCAGGUGACUGACCACCUGGAGUAUCACAUCAAGGUGGAGAUGCGGAGAACCACAUGCCUGAAGCCAAAGUUCAGCAGCUGCCCCCCUCAGGAUGGGGAGCAGUACAAGCAAAUCAAUUGCUACUUCUCGGUGCAUGUGAACCCCUGGGCUGAAAAGUACAAGAUCUUGAAGAAGGAAUGCAAGGAUCACACCUCUCCUGUGGCCACCACCAAGAAGGAUCCCACAGCCCUCAGUGCAGAUGAUAAACAGGCCCGACCUCUCCCCUGACGACCUUCAUGCUGUAGUUCCAUUCUUUUUCUUUUCCCUCAAUUCUUCAGUUUAUAAUAUUAUAAUACAGGUGUAUGCUGGGCCAACACAGUUUAGGGGGUCCAGAUGAGUCUUUAGAGUUCAAAAUAAGGCAGAAGAGAGAAGAAUGAAGCAUGCACAAAACACCUUAACAAGGCAACAACCCAAGAGUAUCCACAGGGGAGUCUCAGGAACCUAUGAGACUCCCCACUUCAUCUCAAGUAGAAAACAAGGAGAAUUACGCACACACACACACACACACACACACACACACACACACACACACCAAGGAAGAGA